UUGGUUUUUAAUUGAACAGUUUAAACUUUAAAUAAAUACUAACAGUCGAUUAAUUUUAAAUAAACCUUCUUAGAACUGUGAAUGACAACUACAGCAAAAUAAAUUACAAAAUGGCCACACCAGUCACCACGUGUCAAUGUCUUGAAAUCGUCCGAUGAUAUCUUGCCGGGAAAAUCGUCCAGACUUUGCAAUCGCCACUGAUUUGGUUCUUUCUUAAACUUUUAUGUAAUGGGUUUACUAGUAAUGGCGAUUCAUUGACUUGGAGAAGGCGAAGUCAAAUGGGCAGCUGAAAUUUAACAUCAAGCGCCAUGAAGAAGACUUCUUUCACAUUGUUCUCAGAUAUAAAGAGAAAACACGAGCUGCCCAUUUCAGGGAUCAGAGGGGCAAUUAAGUCAAACGAUCAAGUAAAGGUCUCCUGGGGGUGGGUGCAAAGAAGAAAAGGGAGGUGUUAAUGCUAUUUAAAGGUCGUUCUUCCCCAGUUAUGAUCAAUCUGGAGAAGAGUAGUUCGUUUAUGGAACUACCAAAAUCCUCAUCAGCAUCAUCUUUAGAAAAGCAAAGAUCAAUUAGUGUGCAUUGAUCCAUGCCAAGUAACAAAACAGUUCAGCAUGAUGAAGAUGAAAGGGACCCAAGGUUAAUGGAUUUGCUAAAAGCAAACCUCUUCUGUUUCUGGAAGCGACAAAAAGAAGAAAUUCUAUGUUCAGGUGCUUUUUGGCACCUCGCACAUGGUUACCUGCAGAUUACUUGGAAAGCUGCACAUCACUUGUGGAAUACAAUUGGAGCUCCUCUUGGUAAGAGACAUCAGGAUGUUCCAAUCAGAGGACUGUUGGAAUCGUGGUGGAAUAUGAAGGCAUGCAAUAAGGUUCAAAGUCUUGUUUUUCAGAUUGCCCCUAUCAUGAUCUUCUGGGAAAUUUGGAAAACAUGGACAGCCUGUAGAUUUGGAGAACAAAAGAAAUUCAGUCUACACAAGAUGGAAACACAAGCCAUGUGGAAUAUUAGAACUGCUAUCAACAUUGCCUAUCCAAAGAUCUACAUUGAAGGAACCUGGUUGAACUACUGUGAGAAAAUUGAAAAGCUGAUUCCAGUACUUAAAGUUGUCUCGGUAUGUUGGGCAAGACCACCAAAUGAAUGGAUGAAACUAAACACUGAUGGUAGCUUUUGUAGCGCCACAGAUAGAGCUGGGAUAGGUGGUAUACUCAGAAAUGAUAAAGGGGAUUUCAUCAUGGCUUUUUCAUACUCUGUUGACUGUGAGACAAAUAAUCAUGCAGAAGCUCUUGCUGCAGAAUUUGGAAUCAACUGGUGCAUUCAACAAGGCUUGAAUAAUAUUAUUUUGGAACUUGACUCCCAGAUCAUUGCUAACAUGCUAAAGGAGAAAGGCACAGACAACUUGAAACUGAAGUAUAUAAUCAGUAGAAUCACAGGACUGAUCAAUGGUAACGCAGUACAGACUGCUCAUUGCUAUCGAGAAGCUAAUUCUGUAGCUGAUUUUUUUGCAAAACUUGCUUCAACGAGUGGAAGGAGGACCUUGCAUAUUUCUCAUAUGGGAUUACCAAGAGUAGCUAAGGGACUAAUUCAACUUGAUAAGCAGCAAUUACCUACCUUUAGAAGAAGCUCUAAAGAGAAAACAUGAGCUGCCCAUUUCAAGGAUCAGACGGGCAAUGAAGUCAAAGGAUCAAGUAAAGUGAGUAAGUUCAGAUGGUUACCGCAUAUUCUACGGUUUUGAUUGGGAAAGCAAUUGAGAUGUUCAUUCUUGAGUUCACCCUUCGUGCAUGGAUGCAAGCUGAUCAAGUACGAACUCUGAAGCUUUAUGACUUUGCUAGGGCCGGAAGGAAUGAAGAGCUUCUCGAUUUCCUCUCUGACGUCGUUCCGCUCCCGACCUAUGAGUUUCAGGUGGAACAGGAGGCAAAUGAUAGCCAAGGAAAUGAGUUUUACCCAGCUUAUCAAAUGGUUCAGCCUAAUAACAUUCCAAUGAGUAAUAGUGACUUUCAACACUACAUGUCAAUAGCUGCAGCACCAAUUUCAGCUGGAAGAGAAGGCAAAUGGUGGCCAAGAAAAUGAAUUUCACCCGGCUUAUCAAAUGGUUCAGCCUAAUAACAUUCCACUACAGGACCCAUUUCAGGUGGAAUGAGAGGCAAAUGGCAGCCAAGGAAAUGAAAUUCACCCGGCUUAUCAAAUGGUUCAGCCUAAUAACAUUCCAGCUUCUUUCAUCAGCAUCCAAGGAAUUCCAGCGCCACUCAUGCUACCAGCUGCGAUUAAUUCAGCUCCUGAAGCCGAGUUUACCAGUGAUGGAUUUGCAUUGGACGACAAGGAGGGACUUUAAAGUGCGAGUUAACUAAUUUCUGUUUCAUCAGUUACCAUUUUCCUUUAUGGGUGUUUAGCCUUUUCAAUAGUUUAGACCUUUAAUUGACCGAAUAAAGGAAGAGCGUUUGAGGACUUACUGCUGAAAGAAUACAGUGUUUGUGUUAAGUGGUGUAAGCAUCACUUUUGUUCAAUGUUUAAAUAAGAGCCCGUUUGGAUUGACUUAUAAGUUGCUUAUAAGUUACUUAUAAGCUGUUUUUAAUUUUUUUGAGUGUUUGGCUGACCAGCUUAAAGUCAUUUUGUGCUUAAAAUAAGCACAAAAAAAUAAUUGGACCCAUUUGACUUAGCUUGUCUAAAGCAGCUUAUAAGCUGAAAACAGCUUAUAAGCCAAAAAAAAUAAGUUAGACUACCCCAACUUAUUUUUUUUAGCUUAUAAGCUGCAAACAGCUUAUAGGCAUAAGCCCAUCCAAACAGGCUCUAAAUAAGCACUUUAACGGAGAGCUGAAUUAAGUAUUUUUGUUGUUCUUGUUGAAACAUACAUGCAUAUUCCUUGCUUCUGGAUACAUUGACCCAAAGCUCGAGUAUGAUUCAUGUGC